AUGGGAGAUCUCUCUGAGAUCUACCAUCUUACAUCCCUUCGGGAUGAUCCCGUAGGUACCGAAGGUGUAGGAGGGCUCCUGCCCUCCACCAGAUCCCGGGGUGCCCGGGAUCAAGGACAAUCAGAAGGUAACCCCGGAAGCAAAGUAUGGGGGAACCUCAGAGACUAUACGCCGACAACUAUUAAAAAGCGGGGGGAGGGUCACCCUUGCCCCGAGAUGGAUAAAUUUAAUGAUUACUUAACAGGGCUCAUAGAAGCUGAUGGUAGUAUCGUCUGUCCCAAGAAAGACCGUUUCCCUUCGGGGAAACUAACCUACCCCUCUAUCGAGCUCUGUUUUCAUUCUAAAGACUUACCCUUGGCGGCCAAAAUCCAACAAACUUUAGGCUAUGGGAGCAUUCAAAAAAUAAAGGGAGCAAAGGCCUAUAGCUUC